CGCAGCUCAGCUUCAGCACAGAUCAGCACCAUGAAGCUUCUCACAGGCCUGGUUUUCUGCUCCUUGGUCCUGGGUGUCAGCAGCCAAAGCUUUUUUUCAUUCCUUGGCGAGGCUUUUGAUGGGGCUCGGGACAUGUGGAGAGCGUACUCUGACAUGAAAGAAGCCAAUUACAUUGGCGCAGACAAAUACUUCCAUGCUCGGGGGAAUUAUGAUGCUGCCAAAAGGGGACCUGGGGGUGCCUGGGCCGCAGAAGUGAUCAGUUUAUUUUCAGCUGAACUCCAGAGAAUGAAGGAAGAAGCUUUUUUUCUUCAUUCCUACAUGACCCAGGCAUUGAUCCAGGCAAUGAAGAUUCAGUGUAAUCAACCACCACUAACAAGACCAUGGCCAUUGGAUCCUGUGCUAAGAGGCAUGGAUGAGCUCCCUCAGCACGUGGAUGGAGACCGAAGAGAGGUCCGAAGGCUCAGUGUAGGUGUCUCCAUUCUCUAAGAAGUUUGGAGGAGAAGCUGGAUACAGCAAAACAGACUGAGAAGGAGCAGCUGUUGGGAAAGGAGGAAAACUAGGAAAGCAUGGUAUUCCAGAAUCCCUGACGGAGCUAUUGAUUAGUAGUAUCAGAUUCUUCCCGGCAGUUGAGGAGUUCACCUUUGGCUUAAGCAACAUGGAGUCAUUGACUAUCUCAUGAAGGUGAUUGCAGGGGAAGGUCUGAAGAACUAAAUGGAGCAGUGAUAAGAGAGAAUGGGAGAUGGUAUGAUAGGACUCCUGGACACCCCAGACAUCAAUCAAAACACCAUAGACAAGAAGGUGUGGAUACAAAAACUAGCAGUUAGAACAAAUAAUAGAAAAUGAACUCUAUCUACUUCUGAAAAAAAAGUAAUGGGGGCAAUUAAUACAUUGAAUAAAGCCUCAAUAAGUACAACAGUGUAGUACUGACUUAUAUAUAGAAAAAACCUGAUCAGUGGAGCCAAAUCCUCAGAAUUAGACAUAAGUGCAUAUGAGAAUUUUGUAUAUGAU